AUGGGUUUCGUGAUUCCUCUUGCGGCACAACCAGAGCAAUGCUUCAACACGAUCACUCCGCAUAGCAUGCAGACCAGCAAGGUCUGUGGCGCCUCUGGUACCUUUCUCCUUCUUGGUGGUUGGGCAGGCAUCAUGUGGGUAUUUCUCAGGUCGGUAUCGCUUCACCUACAGAUAUGCUGGCAAGUUCUCGUUGGCAAGAACUUCAUGAUCUUUGCUCAGGCAGCUGGAUGGGGCGUCCCUAUCCUGGGUAUAAUUCUGGCUCUCGUCUUCAGCGGCGUCUCGUUCCGUUUUGGUGCUACAUGCCAUAUCAAUCAUGAGAACAGUCUGGCCGACUUUUGGAUCCCGCUUCUCCUAUUCGCUGGACUGACCGUUAUCAUCACUUUUGCCACCUUUGGUUAUUGUAUCAAGGUCUACUUGGCAUCGUUGUCUGACAAUGGCGCAUCCUCCGAGGGCUCUAGCUUGCCCACUUAUACACAAAGCAUCAAGACCAUGAACCCAAGGCAGGUCUACCGUCGAGUUCGUCGAGUUAUUGCACUCCAAUGGCGUGGUAUUGCCAUCGUGCUCAUCAUCAUUGCUGAUGUCAUCUUUUUCUCUGUCGUUUUUGUCUUCCAAGACAACGUGGUUCAGUCUGUUGCCGACGAUCCCACCAAAGCAGGCGCUUUCGUUGAAUGUCUCUUCAAAGAAAAGGGUAGAAAGGAACCUUGUCUAGACGAGGCAUCCUCUCUGGUCAUCAACGAAGCGACUGUCACGGCUGUCCUCCUCCUCUUGGCGCUGAAUGGUCUCUGGCUGAUCCUCUUCCUCGGAAGAUGGUCCAUGGUUCAAGGCUGGAUUGACUUGAUCAAGAAGCCAUUUACCCGGAACAAGAAGGAGUUUGUGUCGGUCGACGCACGCGUUGACGUAAAGAACCAUCCACGUUCGUACGAGAUGCUCUCAAGAGAUUCGAGCGCGGCAGUAACACCAAUUACUCCAGUGAAGCCCCCAGAGAGUGGACGCAGAACUCCUGAUUACUUCGGUUCGACUGCACGCUACCAUGCGCCAGUGCGUUCGUUUUCGAGCCCCAGGCCUCCGCCUACUGGGCGGGAGACGGGAGAUUCAUAUCCGAUGCCGACUUAUAGCAAAGAGAUGAACCCCCUUGGCAUGAACCGAACAUGA